CAUUGCCAGCAAUUUCUUAGACAAUUUUUUACGAACUUGGUAAGCUGUGGACGGAUAUAUGGAUAAGGCUUUACUUUUCUACACCAUGGACUUUUCUAGGCAGCGGUAUUAAGUUACUAACGUCACUGCAGUAAAUAAUUGAUAAGGCGACCAGCUUCUGCUGCCCGGUUUGAUCGAGAUGCAUCAUACGGUCAAGCACAAGCAUUAGCUACUAGCAUCACUUCCAGGGGUGUUUGGACAUCAGCGCUCCGUACUAAUUUAACUUAGUUCUGCGGAAAGUUGAGUACCAUUAGCCGGGUAAAAACACCAACUGUACUGAAUCAUUACAGUGACUGGAGUUGUGUACUGGCUUCACAAAAUAAGGCCGGUGCAUGAACACCAGGUGGCAGCAGUAAAUCACAAUGCUGGGUGUUUCAUACAUCUGGAGACGAGGUGUUUCACAGAGGAUGAAUGCCUGACAUGAAGCUGCUCUGCUGCGUGAUACAUCAGUCUGAUCUCUGACUCGUGUGAAGUUCAGUUCACUGAACCACCUACUGAUGUCACAUGCUCCUUGCUAUAUGCUUAAGUGCCUUUGUCCUCAGGACACGAGGGGUCACUGAAUAGUUUGAUGACGAUGAAAAAGAUGUGAAUCAUAUGCCGUGGCCUUCACCGUCACCAGAUAGGACAGUGCUGGAGAGUAGAAAGCCGGUCGAGGCAGAAACACCACAUGAGGGAAUAUCUGUUGGAAGAACAGUGUUCAUCCCUCCAGUAGAGUUCAGAGGCUAAAGCUGAUGGGAGGCUUCAGCAGACAGAAUUGCUCAAGUCAGGAGGAAGUGAUCUAUCUGGAUGCUCCUGGCCUUAAAUAACUUGGAGAGUCCUGGUGUCCAUGUACAGAAACCAGCAAAGUAGGGCAGAGAUGGUGGAGGAGACCAGCACGACCAGGGGAGUGGACAGGCAGAAACGAGGAGAGCGGGAGGAACAGGACGGACAGGGGACCAUGGUUAUGUUGAAGAUCUCUGCUUUCCUCGUUGCCUACGCCCUGGUCAUUUGCCAGAUGUACUGCUCACAAGCUGCCCCUGCCAGACCGGGUUUAGAGUCCAUGUCAGACCGAGUCACACUAACGGACUAUGAGGCACGAAGGUUACUCAACGCCAUUGUCAAGGAGUUUGUGCAGAUGACAGCGGAGGAGCUGGAGCAGCAGGAAACUGAAGGAAACAGCAUGGACAGGCCCCUAACCAAGCGCUGCUCCAACCUCAGCACCUGUGUGUUGGGCAAACUGUCUCAGGAGCUGCACAAGUUGCAGACGUUCCCUCGUACGAACGUGGGAGCGGGAACGCCCGGCAAGAAGCGCAGUGUGCCUGAGAGCGACAGCUAUGCAAGCUACAGCGAGACGUUUGACAGCAUCUAACCCCCUCCUCAUCAACCUGCCCUUUCUUUUUGUUUUCAUUUACUCCUCUCCUGUCCUCUUCCUCAUCUCAUCCCAGUUUCCUCCUUAUUGUUUUUGGAUUGACAAGUGCAUGUUGACUUUACCUGCUUGAUUGACAUGAGAAGAAUAUGACCUUUAAUCACAUCCACCUUUUCAGUUCUUCCCUCUUUUCCCCUUGUUUGGCAAAGAAUGAAUUGUCCCUAUCAUUUCAGACAAUCAGACUUACUUUUAAUAAAUGUUAAUUAGGCACCAGUUCAGACAUCCAUCUUUGUGUACUGUAUCAUUUGAUGGCGUUUCAAAGCCCCUGGAAUUUAGGAGUUAAAAGAAAUCACUUAAUCAAAUCAUUAAUAAAUGAUUCACUCAUGCGACAGCAUGUUUCUUGUUCAAUAAAUGUAUUUUUUCUACCAGGAAGCCUUAGCUCAUUUUCAUUCUUAGGGAUACUUUAAAACAGUCAGACUUAUUUAUGGACUUAUUUGCAAAUAUGAACAUAAAAUGGACAUAACUAGGGUUAACGAGCAUCUCAUACUGCCCAAGAAAUGAUCUGAGAAGCUUUCACCGAGUCCAAAGGUAAGACAAAUGACAACCAGCAGAAAAUAUAUGAUUAAACCCUACAUGCUUGAUGUGUUUACCUUCUGUCUUCAUGUGUUUCUGUGCUGUGACGUUAACACUGAUUCAAAUAAACAGUGUGCAGGGAUAUUGUGUGUGUGUCAGUGUUGUAUGGAUCAAUGCCACAACAGAUCUUGGCAAUAACACCUGUCUGCUCUUGU